CAUUAACGCUAUCUUUUCUCGAAAGUUCACACACAGAGAGCGUAGCAGAGAAGAAAGAGAGCGAGAAGAAAUUUCAGUCUCUUUUUCUAUCUCUGCGUUCCAUAAGAUUCUCGUUGACUGUUGAAGAAGAUUAUCAUCGGCUGUAUUUUCGGUGCCAUUUUUUGGUACAUUUUUAUUUUUUUCACGAUUCUUCUUGUUAACCACAGCGGAAAACAGAGACUGGAUCCACAGGAGAAAAGGAUAAUAUAUGGAGGGCGACGCAGGAAAAGGUUUGGAAUGCCAGAGGACUAUGGAUGGGAGGGAGAGUAAUGGCAAUGGCUCCAGUGAGGAUGUUAUCCCAUCCUGUUGCUUGAAAAAUAAGGCGUCUCAGCCUGAGCUUGAUGCCAAAUGCCAUUCAACAGUUGUUUCUGGAUGGUUCUCUGAACCUCUGUCAUCCUCCGAUAAAACUGUGAAGGAAGUCUAUUUCAACAACCCAAUGUGGCCAGGAGAAACACAUUCGCUAAAGGUGGAAAAAAUCUUAUUCAAGGAAAAGUCAUUGUACCAGGAGGUUCUGGUUUUCCAGUCCACAGCAUAUGGGAAAGUGCUUGUGCUAGAUGGCAUUGUUCAGCUGACUGAGAAAGAUGAAUGUGCUUAUCAGGAGAUGAUAGCCCAUCUUCCCCUUUGUUCCAUUGAAGCCCCCAAAAAUGUUUUGGUUGUUGGCGGUGGUGAUGGCGGAGUUCUUCGGGAAAUUGCCCGUCAUAGCUCUGUGGAGAUGAUUGAUAUUUGUGAAAUAGAUCAAAUGGUCAUCGAUGUAAGCAAGGAAUUUUUCCCACAAUUAGCUAUUGGUUUCCAGGAUCCUCGGGUGCAUCUUCAUGUUGGUGAUGCUGUUGAGUUUCUAAGACAUACGCCUCCGGGGAAGUAUGAUGCAAUUAUUGUGGAUUCGUCAGAUCCUGUGGGUCCUGCUCAGGAGCUUGUGGAGAGACCAUUUUUUGAGACCAUUGCCAGAGCAUUAAGGCCUGGUGGUGUUCUUUGUAAUAUGGCGGAGAGUAUGUGGCUUCAUACACAUCUGAUUCAGGAUAUGAUUUCUAUAUGUCAUGAAACAUUCAAAGGUUCGGUCCAUUACGCAUGGGCUAGUGUCCCUACAUAUCCAAGUGGUGUCAUAGGAUUUGUGUUAUGUGCAACGGAGGGGCCACCUGUUGAUUUCAAACACCCUAUCAAUCCCAUUGAGAAGUUGGAUGGUGCACUUGAGUACCAGAGGCAACUUAAGUUUUACAACUCUGAGAUGCAUAGAGCUGCGUUUUCGUUGCCAUCUUUUGUCAAAAGGGAGGUGGAAGCUCUCCGGGAUUGUUCAACUUGAGCGGAGGAAGUCCAGGCAUAAUAGUGGUUCUCUCAUGCAUGUAUUGGACAGGAUAGAUGUUAGAUAUGGUGUGAUUGAGCUUAAAACAAGCGUUUGAAUAUCAUCAUGGAUUAUGGUUGAAAGAAGUGGUAAUAUUAAAUAGUAUGGAUUUGGGAUUUGUUGUUAC